AGUUCACAUAAAAAUUUACAUAAAUAUGCCAUUAGAAUCAAUCACAGAUCCUACUAUAACAAUAAAACCAUCUAUAAGAUUAAUAGAUUUUAUCUUAAAUAAUGUAAAAGACAUAAACGAUGCUCCAGAUGGUAUCAUAUUUUUAUGCAAAUCUAAGAAAUCUAAGAAAGAAAAGAUUACAAAUGCUACAUUAAAAAUUGAAGAUCUUAGCUGGUUGAACAAAUAUUUAAAGGAAUAUAGAAAAACCGCGACAAAAAUGAUUUACUUGCAUGAACUUUUCAAUGAUUGUGAUGUGAUAUUGCCAAUACCAAAGGAAUCGCCAAGAAAUCCGGAGUUGGAGGCCAGAAUACAAAAAUUAAAAGCACAACAAAAUGCUAGGGAAUAUCAAACCAUGACAAAAAACAUCGAUUCUAUGCGGAAAUUUCUACCAGAAGAUAGCAUUGCAUAUCAAAUGAAGCAGAUAAAUAAACAAUUGAUUGCUGUUGCACAAUUUAUAAUUUCUGUGAUAACCGGCUUUGUUUUUGGAUUUAUUGGGAUAGAGCUUAUGGUUGGAAAUCUAGACUUCGGAUUUAGAUUACUCCUAGGUAUAAUUUGCGCAUUGAUCAUUGCAUUAGCCGAGAUUUAUUUUUUAGCUGUGAAAUUAAGCGAGACCGAUACCACAUCUAAACCGAUAAAAUCGCAUCAAGACUAGCAAUCCAACUGUAUUUGUCUAUUUAAACAUAUGUAUUUUAUUAUAAUAAAUAUAGACAGUAUAAUUUAAUAUUCAUACAUAAGCUACAUAAAUUAACUUUAUUAUCUUUAUAUUGUACGAAAAUUUUAAAGACAUAUGCUACAUGUAUAUUGAUUGUUAUAUAAGAUACAAAAAUUAUUAAA